AUGAAGAGAAAAUAUUUAUGUGGACAUAACCGUCCACUGACACAUGUAAAUACAAAUUACGAUGGGGAUUUACUUUUCACAACAGGAAGGGAUAAAAAAUUCAUCUUGUGGAGACUAGCCGAUGGAAAUCAAAUAGGAUUGUAUGAAUGUAGUGGGGCUGUAUACAAUUCCGACGUGACAUACGAUAGCAAACGAAUCGCAUGUUCAUCAGCAGCAAACAAGGUGUACAUAUUUGAUGUUUACACUGGAGAUACCUUAAGUGUAAUGGAAGAAAAUGGACCCGUAAGAUUUGUGGAAUUUAAUAAAAACCCAUUAGAUCAAAGCAGAAUAAUUGUAGCAACUGAUAGACUAAAGGCAGAACAUAAACGAUUCAUUAAACUUUAUGAUUUGAAAAGUAACACAGUGAUAUGGAAACAAGAACAUGAAAGUAGAUGUACACAAGUUAGAUGGUGUUUUUUUGACAAAUUAAUUUUAUCUGCACAUGAAAAUGGAGAAAUAGUCAUAUGGAAUGCUGAAGAUGGACAUCAGAUUAGAAAAAUACAGGCACAUACAAAGGAAGUUACAAAUUUGGCAUUUGACAAAGAUAGAAUGAUUAUGUUAAGCUCAUCUUCAGAUGGAAAUGCAACAUUAAGAGAUGCAAUUAAUUUUGAUAUUAUAAAUGAGUAUAAGGCUGAUAGGCCAUUAAACACUUGUGAUAUUUCUCCCCUUUUUAAAAAUGAAAGUAAUCCAAAAAAUCAUAUAAUCUUAGCUGGUGGCCAAGCAGCAGAACAUGUUACAACUACUGCCACAGGAGAAGGGAAAUUUCAAACGCUUCUUUAUGAUAUUAUACAUGCGAACGAAUUAGGUAGUAUUAAAGGUCAUUUUGGUACCGUACAUUCUAUAAAAUUUUUGCCUCAUGGAGAUGGUUUUGUCUCUGGUGGAGAGGAUGGAUUCGCAAGAAUUUACCAUUUCGACAAGGACUACUUUAUUGGAAAAUACGACUAG